AUUCAGACAUGCCCUCUCCACAUAAAGAAAUUUGAAAAAACACAAUAAUGGAGCAUAGUCUUAUUAUGGCUUCCUUUCUUCUAUUCAUUCUCAUAUCUAUGCUUCAGUUUCAAUUGGGAGUCUCCCUCUCCUCAAACACUAAACCUAAUGAAGAUUUUAGAUACAUGAAGUUUGUACAUGAUGCUAGUGAUUUACCAACAAAAGAAAAAUACGACUACAUAAUAAUAGGGGGAGGAACAGCAGGGUGUCCAUUAGCUGCAACAUUAACAUCAAAUUUCUCAGUUCUACUUCUUGAAAGAGGUAGUGAACCAACCAAGUAUCCCUCUGUAUUGAAGGAACAAAGUUUCUUAAACGUCUACACGGUUGAAGACGAUGGAGAAAAUCCUUUCCAACGAUUUGUUUCCGAGGAUGGCGUGGAGAAUCUAAGAGGACGAGUCCUUGGUGGUACUAGUAUGCUCAAUGGUGGGUUCUACUCAAGGGGACAUCAAGAGUUUUUUGAAACUGCUGGAGUUAAGUGGGACAUGGAAUUGGUGAAAAAGGCUUAUGAAUGGGUUGAAGAGAGUGUGGUGUUUGAAGCAAGUUUGAAUAAUGGUUGGCAAUAUGCUUUCAGAAAUGGUUUGUUGGAAGCUGGCGUUGGUCCUUAUAAUGGAUUUGAGUUGAACCAUCGUUUGGGGACUAAGAUUGGAGGGUCAAUCUUUGAUAAGGAAGGAAAUAGACAUGGAUCUGUGGAGCUUUUGAAUAAGGCUCAACCCAAUAAUCUUAAAGUUGUCGUCCGAGCCACAGUAGAGAAAAUCAUCUUUUCUGGUUUAUCAGCAAGUGGAGUUUUAUAUUCAGACUCCAAAGGAAGGUUACACACAGCAUCCAUCCGCAAAAAAGGAGAAAUUAUUCUAAGUGCAGGAGCCAUUGGAAGUCCUCAACUUCUCCUUCUAAGUGGGGUUGGCCCAAAAUCUCAUCUUUCAUCCUUAAAACUACCUGUCGUUCUUCACCAACCACAUGUCGGCCAAUCCAUGUCUGACAAUCCUCGUUUCACUGCCAAUAUAGUGCUUCCAUAUCCAUUGGUUAUCACAGCCGUAAAAGUUGUUGGAACCUUAGAUGACAAUAUCCAUCUUCAAUCUAUCACAGGAUUUUUACCGUUUUCACUACCUCCAUCAUUUAGCCUUCUUCCUCAUAGAUUUAAUUCCGUCAAUUUGAGCUUAGCCACCAUCGUUGGAAAAUUCUCUGAGGUUUUUUCCGAAGGGUCCUUGAAAUUGAAUUCUUCAACUGAUGUGAAGAAAAAUCCCAUUGUUAGAUUUAAUUACUAUUCUCAUCCUGACGAUCUUGCUAAAUGUGUUAGAGGAGUAAGAAAAUUUGGAGAUUUUCUUAAAACUCCAACAAUUGAAAAGAUUAAGAUACAAGAUUUUGAGGGUAAGAGAAGUUUUGCGUUUUUGGAACCUCCGAUACCGGAAAAUUUAUCGGAUGAUGGUGUGGUUGAAAAGUUUUGUAAGGAAACAGUGACGACUUAUUGGCAUUACCAUGGAGGAUGCUUGGUAGGAAAAGUUGUCGACGGCAAUUAUAGAGUCAUGGGAAUUAAAAAUUUGCGUGUAGUAGAUGGCUCCACGUUUUCUGAUUCACCUGGAACCAAUCCUAUGGCUACUCUCAUGAUGCUUGGCCGAUAUGUUGGGCUUAAUAUAUUGCGAGAAAGAUCAAGUUAAAAGUGAUUAAACUAUUCUAAUUAGGCCAUUUCAUAACACAUUCUUGUUUAUGUGGUCUUGUAUCCUAUGUUUAAAUUCUAAUGAAUAAAUGUGGUUGAUAAUGGUUUUUUUUUA